ACAUGUUCGGCAUGGGAAGAAUACAUCAUAAUUUUAUUACUUUAUGUAGGAAUCUUCGUGGUGUUUAAUCAACCUUAUUACAUUACAAAAUAAAAAAAUAUCUGUUUUAAUAUUCGGACAAACACAAAAUGUCUCACCAACUGGGUCGAGUAGUUUCGGAGAUUCUCCUUCGCUAUUACGGUGAAAUAGUGCAGCAGGUCGGAAACGACCUGUUCUCCUAUGGAACUCGGCCUCUGGCUGUAAUAACCAGGAGCACAGGAUUGCCCAGAUCGCAGGUAAUUGAAAGUCUCCGGACCCUAGUGAAGUAUGACUUGGCCUCUUUUGAGCCGUCAGCUAAUGAAGUUAUUGCUGACUACCGGCUCAUCCCUGAAAAUGUGCUUCUUCUCAUUAGAUAUCCUAGGUACCUCCUGCAGAUGAAGACCAAGUACGGCAGUGAAGCGGAGCUCCUGGUGGAAGAACUGCUUCAGAUGGCCACUGCCACUGCCCACGUCCUGCUAUUUACUAUUGCCAGCAAAUACAAGGAUGAUAAGGAGAAAAACAUUUCAAUAAUAACUCUAAAAGACACAUUCAUCAGCUUAGCCACAGCGGGCUACAUCCAGCAAGCCCCCGUGGCUGAGAUAAAGGAGGGCUCCGAGGUUCCAACCCUCACACCAGUGGCGACUAUAGUUCCCGAGCUUGACAGCAGGGUGCUGUUACAAGCUAUGGCAACAGGCAGCCUGGCUGAUGUCAAGGAUAAUGUGUACUGGAAGGUGAACUACGACAGAUUCCACCUGGACUUCCGAGACGACGUCAUGAUCAAAGCCAUCACACGACGCAUCGAUGAGAAUGCGGGCGAGCUGAUGCGGCUAAUGCUCGAACAGAUGUACCUGUCGUCGGCCCCCUGGGCCGCGGAGUCCAACCCCGCGCCGGCCCCGGACCUGCGCGCCUCCUGCCGCCGUGUAGACCGACCACUACUGCAGCAGCAUCUCGAACAUUAUACCAGAGUGUUAGGUAUGAAUAGCCAGUUUUUUUAACCAUUGUUUUUUUUCUGUACAGAGGAGAACGGGUGCGGGUUCAUCCGGCGCUCGGGCGAGGCGGGCGGCGGCGCGUGGGUGGUGCGCGCCGCCGCCGCCGCCGAGCAGCUCGCUCACUCGCUCCUGGACCACGUGGUCACUGAGAGGCUCGGGGAUAAGGCCGCUAGGAUAUUCAGAUUAAUUCGCACUAAGAAAUACAUAGAAGAAGAAGACAUACAGAAAUACGCCAUGCUUCCAAACAAAGAAUGUAAGGAACUGACCUACAAGUUAUUAGAAGAACAUUUCAUCAGUGUACAGCCGAUGCGAAAAGCGGCAUCUGCUGGCGGAAUGGCGAAGGCAAUCUACCUUUACCACAUCGACUUGCAUGACGUGGCGCUAACGUGCACGGAGAUGUGCUACCGCGCGCUGCACAACGUGGUCCGUCGCGCGGCGCACUCGCGCGCGCGGCACGCGCGGCUGCUCGACAAGCGGCGCCGCGUGCGCAGCAUCGUGCACGGCAUGCGCGCCCGAGGCGAGCCCGACGCUAACAUCGACGAUGUGGAAGACACCAUAACUCCGCCGGAGCACCAGGUGCUGCAGGGCGUGGAGAAACGGCUAAAACAGCUGAGCGUCGCUGAACUGGAACUGGACAAGUCGCUCUUCAUACUCAAGUGGUUUCUCUCAUACUCUUAA